GCUACCAUUCACGGUGGGACCUGGAGGAGCAGCGCGGCCCGGAGUCGGUGGCGGACAGCACAGGCUCCUCCAGGAGGACGGGAAAAUUCCCGGUAGCCACAGGUGCCGCGGGGCGUCCUGGGAGAGUCAGCAGUCAGUAGUACAGGGCGGGAACCGCAGCCCGGCGGCCCUGGAACCUCCCAGGCCUUGCAGUGCUCAGCCAGAUCUGCUCACCUGUGAAGAACAUAGAGCCCUGGAUGUUGAAGAGAGAGGAGACUGUAGCAAAGAAUCCAGAUGUGAAAUGUCAAGAGGAGUUCCAGUCAUUGUUCCUGAGACAGAAACUCAGAGAAGAGCAAUAGAAAGAAUGGAUGUUUCUCCAAUAAAUGUGCCCCAGGAUCUGUUGACGUUCAGGAAUGUGGCUGUGGACUUUUCCCAGGAGGAGUGGGAAUGUCUAGACUCUUCUCAAAGGGCUCUGUACAUGGAUGUAAUGUGGGAGAAUUACAGCAAUCUAGUUUUUGUAGAGAACCAUUGCAUAUGUGGUAAAUAUGAGGAGGUCUUGGAUCAAGGUUCAAAGCAUAUUGUCUAUCAGCAUGCAAGUAUCCAAAAGAAGUCUUACAAAUGUUGUGACCCUGGCAAAAUAAUUCAUGAAACCUACCAAGGCAAGCCUUAUAAUAAAAGUGAUACUACAGAAAGCUGCAAGUACACAAGUAGUAACCACAGGGAUGCCUCCAUUGAAUCAUCAAGCCUAAAGACAUAUAAAAGUGGGGACACUGGAAAAGAACAAUAUGAAGAUAAAGAUUUAAAGUGUUUAAAUUUGUGUUCCAUAAUUAGCCAGUAUCAACACAUCCACACUGGAAAGAAAGAAGACAAAAAUAGAGAGUAUAAUACAUUUUUUAUCUCUAAGCAUAAACUUAAGAUAAAACAAAUUUGUAGUGGAGAGAAACCAUACCAAUGCAGGAAAUGUGGAAAAUGCUUCAGGACCUAUUCAAGCCUCUAUAGACAUCAGAGGACUCAUCCUGGAGAGAAACCCUAUAAAUUUCCUGAAUUUGAUAAGUCCUUUCUGUAUUUGUCACACCACAAAGAACAGUACAACAUCCAUUAUGGAGAAAAACCCUACAAAUGUACAGAAUGUGGUAAAUGCUUUUAUCAUUCAUCAGGCUUUAAAAGACAUUAUAGAAUCCACACUGGGGAAGAGACUUACAAAUAUAAUGAUGGUAAAAAAUCCUUUAUCUACUGCUUAGGUCUUAGAACACAUGAGAAAAUUCAUCAAGGAGAGAGACCUUAUGAAUGUAAACAAUGUAAUAAGUCCUUCCAUACAUUGUCAAACCUUCAGUACCAUUACAGGACCCACAGCAGAAAGAAACUUUACAGAUGUAAUGAAUGUGGCAAGUUCCUUUCCACCUCUUCAGGCCUUCAAAGACAUCAAAGAAUUCAUACAGGAGAGAAAUCCUAUGUGUGUGCUGAAUGUGACAAAUGCUUUAUCCAGAAGUCCCAACUUCAAACACAUCAAAGAAUUCAUACAGGAGAGAAAACCUACAAGUGUAAUGAAUGUGAGAAAUCCUUUACCGUUGGCUCAUCUCUUAGAAUACAUCAAAGAAUUCAUACUGGAGAGAAACCCUACAAAUGCAGUGAAUGUCAUAAGUGCUUUAUUCAGCAAGCCCACCUUAGAAGACAUGAGAAAAUUCAUACAGGAGAGAAACCUUACAAAUGCAGUGAAUGUGACAAAUGUUUUACUGUUGGCUCAGAUCUUCGAAUGCAUCAGAAAAUUCAUACAGGAGAAAAACCCUACAAAUGUAGUGACUGUGACAAAUGCUUUAUCCAGAAAGCUAAGCUUAAAAAACACCAGAGACUUCAUACAGGAGAGAAACCUUACAAAUGUAAUGAAUGUGGGAAAUCCUUUACAGUUGGCUCAGAUCUUAGAACCCAUCAGAAAAUUCAUACUGGAGAGAAACCUUACAAAUGCAGUGAAUGUGAUAAAUGCUUUAUCCGGAAAGCCAACCUUAGACGACAUCACAGAAUUCAUACAGGAGAAAAGCCUUACAGAUGUAGUGAGUGUGACAGAUGCUUUAUUCAGAAAGCCAAUCUUAGAACUCAUGAGAGAAUUCAUACAGGAGAGAAACCUUACAAAUGUAAUGAAUGUGGGAAAUCCUUUACAGUUGGCUCAGAUCUUAGGAAGCAUCAGAAAUGUCAUACUGGAGAAAAACCUUACAAAUGCAGUGAAUGUGACAAAUGCUUUAUCCGGAAAGCCCACCUUAGAAGACAUCACAGAAUUCAUACAGGGGAAAAGCCUUACAAGUGUAGUGACUGUGACAAAUGCUUUAUCCAGAAAGCCAAUCUUAGAACACAUCAGAAAAUCCAUACAGGAGAGAAACCUUACAAAUGUAGUGACUGUGACAAAUGCUUUAUCCAGAAAGAUCACCUUCGAACACAUCAGAGACUUCAUACAGGAGAGAAACCUUACAAAUGUAGUGACUGUGAAAAAUCUUUUACUGGUGGCUCAGUUCUUAGAAAACAUCAGAAAAUUCAUACUGGAAGAAGUAUCAGUUUCACCAAUGCAGUGAAUUUAACUAAUCCUUUAUCCAAGAAGCCCACCUUAGAUCUCAUCAAAGAAUUGAUUCAGGAGAGAAGCCUUAUAAAUGCAGUGUGUAUGGCACAGUCUUUACCUGCCUCUCAGGUCUAAGAAAACAUCAUAAAAUUAAUACUGGAAAAAAGAGAAAACGGUUCAACAGUAAGUAAUAGGGCAUAUGCUUUAUUCAAAUUCUGUUCUAAUGAACCGCUUCAGGCUCCACACUAGAAUCAUUACGAACACAAGAAACUUGUGAAUGCCUUUAAGUAAUGUUCAAAUCUUUUGGGGAGGGGGGAAAUCAGUAAUUUUUAUUGUGAAAAAAAAUCUGCAAAUGUAAUAUUGUAGGAAAAGUUUUGUUAAAUGUUUUAUCUUCAGCUUCAAAUACUUCAUAGUGAAGACAAAAUUGAGAAUUCUGAAGAAUGUUCUGUUGUAUAGCAGGUUUUCUUUUGGUUUUUGGUUUUUUGUUGUUGUUUUGGAGACAAACAUUUUUCAGAGACUGAAACAUUUCAUCCUAUAGGGAAGCUGAUUAUGACAGGAAAUAAAUCACUCAAAAUAGCAUCAAAAGGUCCCUGAAACUGACAGGAUUCACUAAGCUUAAUUCCAUUUGAAAAACCUCAUACCAGUCUUGCUGCUUAGAAGAGGUGUGAUGAACUGAGCCAGUAAGAGCUAUUGCCCUUUAACUUAUAGACAUGCCUACAGGUGUUUAGUGUGUACUGGGUGUCCAGAGUUGGUUUGGAGUUUCAUGAUGGCAACUGUCUUUGAAUCCAUUUUGCCCCUAGAAGCAACUCCAUCUCUAUGUUUGGGUAAGUAACGCCAAUGAAGCCCGUUGGUUCAAUGAGAUGGAUUUCAUUGGCAAGCAUACUUGCUUCUGUUGUCAAUUCCAUUUAGCUGAGUGGGUACAUAUGAAUGUUUUGGCUUCACAGGAAAAGUCUCUCAUACAACAUGUGCUGAAGCCAUUACUUGUUCCUCCAAAAUUGUACACUAGAAAAAUAAAUCUCAAAGAGAAAAAUUUGAUUAAAUAAAGUAGGGAAGUCUUUUGUGCAGGUUGAGUAGGACAUGCUGCCAUUAAAAGGGCUCAACACAGACAGCAUGUAGAGGCUUAGGGAGCCUAAGAAAAAAGGCUACUCUCUUCCUUGCAUUCAUGGAGGAGAGUGAGAAGUCUGCAGUGAGACAAAUGAAAAUAUGACUACAAACCCAUUAUUGACAGACAACAUCCAAAUUUGACUGUGUUUGUGCAUGGCUCUGGACUCUACUUAGACCCGAUGAUCCAAUUCCAAUGGCUCUCAGAGGAUUGUUUCCAUGCGCAAAAACUGAACACCAUUGUACCAUCCUCACACUCUGUUGUACCUUAGAAAUUCCACUUGAAAAGCCUCAGGAAAUGAAUUGAAUUUUUUUGUUGUUGUUGUUAAAUCCUUUACACAAUGCUAAUAUUGUAGACAAAUCAGAAAAUUCAGCAUGAAACAGAACUCAAAAAAAUGCUGUAAUAAAGACUUAUAUUCAGCUUAA